CACGCCGAACUACACUGUUGCGUGUGAAGAGACAGGAUACAAAGGGAGAGUGUCUUGUUUUAUAAACGCAUUAGAUUUUUGUAUGUGCUAUAUCGUAAGUAUAUGAAUAGUUCUCCAAGUAAUUUUUCAAAUAAUAAAAUAUGGCUCCUCCAAAAAAAGGAGAUCUUACCGAUGAAGAGAAAGAGUUAGUCCACGCUAUUGCAGAAGGAAAUGUGCAGGAGGCUUCAAGAGUGCUGGGAUGCAAAGGUGUCCGAGUCAACUGUUUGGAUGAGCAUGGGAUGACUCCACUGAUGCAUGCAGCCUACAAAGGGAAAGAGGACAUGUGCAAGUUGUUACUACAACAUGGAGCUGAUGUAAACUGCAAUGAGCAUGAGUAUGGAUACACUGCCCUUAUGUUUGCAGGAUUUUCAGGUAAUAAAAACAUAACUUGGAUGAUGCUGGAGGCUGGAGCUGAGACAAAUGUAGUAAACUCUAUUGGACGGACAGCAGCACAGAUGGCUGCCUUUGUCGGUCAGCAUGACUGUGUGACCGUUAUCAACAAUUUCUUUCCCCGAGAAAGACUGGAUUAUUAUACAAAACCCCAAGGUCUUGAUAAAGAGGCCAAGCUUCCCCCCAAGCUUGCUGGACCCUUGCAUAAAAUCAUCAUGAUGACUAAUCUGCACCCUGUAAAGAUUGUGAUGAUGGUGAGAGAGAACGUUCUGCUGGCUGAUGUGGCUGCACUGGGGAAAUGCUAUAGAGUCCUGGACCUGAUCUGUGAGAAGUGCAUUAAACAGAGGGACAUGAAUGAGGUGCUUGCCAUGAAAAUGCACUACAUCAGCUUCAUUCUACAGAAGUGUAUUACUUUCCUAAAGGAACGUGAGGAUAAGCUUGAUGGCCUUAUUAAAAGUUUGUUAAAAGGAAGAGACACCGAUGGUUUUCCUUUGUACCAGGAGAAGCUGAUCCGAGAUUGCAUAAGGAAGUUUCCUUACUGUGAUGCCACCCUUCUGCAGCAGUUAGUAAGGAGCAUUGCCCCUGUGGAGAUUGGCAAUGAUCCCACCGCUCUCUCUGUGCUCACCCAAGCCAUUACCGGCCAGGUUGGUUUUAUCGAUGGCGAGUUUUGUACAGCCUGUGGUGAAAAGGGAGCUGAUAAAAGGUGUUCUGUCUGCAAAAUGGUGCUGUAUUGUGCCCAGGACUGUCAGAAGCAACACUGGUUCACACACAAAAAAGUCUGCAUGAAACUACGAAAUCAGAGAGAAAAACAUGAAGCUGAAGUUGCUAAACAGAAAGAAAAACAAGAAAAAACUAAACAAAACAAAGGUGAAUCUGAGGAAGCAAUAGAAGACACUUCAGUUCCUCAGGAAGAACCCAGUGAUGGCCAUAAUGUUGUAGAGAAAACACAAAGUGGAGAACCUGCAGCUUUGAGCAUUUCAGAGAGUGGAAUAAAUACAGCAGCUUCUGAAACUGAACAGGCCUCUGAAGAGUGACGUUGUCCUCACAGGCUUGGCCAAAGUCAAUUUCUGGUAAUAAAUAUAUGAACACUUAAUCUGUGCUCCGCAAAGUCACUUACCACCAGAGCAGGGAAGUACGUUACUAAUUAUUCUGCCCUGGAGUUCAUGAAUGGGAUUCCACUUGAAGAACUGCCCAGCACGUGGGUCAAACCACCAACUGGCUGAGCUUGGCAUCUAACCAUUUUAAGAUUUUUGCUGUUGCUCAAAUAUUGUGUCUGCAAAGUGUGUCAGUAACAUAUUUAUACCAGGCCAGAAUUUUGGGCUCUACUCACAAGAUCAAUGAUUAAAUAAGUCGCUGUAAACUUAUGACACAUGAGCUAAUGAAUGCCCAUACCAGAUUUCAUCGCAGUUCGAUGACCUUUACUAAAGCGAGAAAUGUGCAGGUGUGACCUAGCCUUACUAAUAUCUUGGUAUCCCUGAAUAGUUAUAGUCUGCUCUUCAAAUAUAGGCAUCAUAUUUUAAUAUGAAGACACCCCCCAGUGCAGUUGUACCCUAAAUGUUACCCAUUUACUAUCAAUGUAUAAUGAAUCACAUUGGAUGACAUACAAGUCUGGACCAAUCAGUAUCAUGAAAAAGUAUAUCGUCAUGACCUUUAUCCACCAUGUAAAAACACUAGAAAUAUGAAAUGGUCAAGUUCCUUCAUAUAUCUCCACAUUCUGGUACUCUCAAUAACUUGUGAUAAAGAAUGUUGUAACAAGGGGUCCCCGAGUGGCUCAUGUAGUUAAAGCGCUGCCACUGAGAGCGCAGGAUGAGUCACACAGCUUGGCGCCAGUUCACUUCUUCCGGGCUGUACAAAGAGACCGAACUUUGCUGGGGACUCCAAAGGGGGCGUCACAUUGGCUCUGAUGCUCCUGGGGUGGGAGGAUGGGAAACCAGCAGGGAUUGCUUCUCCUCAUUGCGUAACAGUGAACCCUACUGGCCAGACACCGAGCACGUUCAGAGUGGAUAACAAGCAGGGCUGAUCUCUGUUUUCUGGGAUCGGUAGCCCACCUACCUCUGCUCUGGAUUGCUUGGUGUAAUAGCUAUUCUGGCUUUAGGCUUGUGAGAUCGGAGGACGCCUGCACGCCCUCAGAACGUCUGUGUUGUGUAGGGACCCGCUGCGGUGAGCAGAAAAAACAUAAUUGGACAUUCCAAAUGGGGGGGGGGGGGGGGGGAAUAAAUACAAGUGAUAAUUGGUCAAAAAUGUUGUAACAUUAUUACAACUGAGUAAGUGGCUCUUUAGAUAUCUGGAAAAACGUAAGUGCAUAAAGACAGCUGGACAGUCAUCUCUAGAUGCAGAUUCUAGUAGUGCCUUGUUGAUUCCUGCAUCGGGUUGGGUAUCCGCGGGUUCGGGUCGGAAUGUGAACUUUUUGGCAGUUUGGGUGCGGGUCAGAAAAUGUCAUUUUCGGGUCUGAAUUUGAAUAGCCGUAAAAUGUUUUCGGUCCUUCUAGCGUACUCGUCUGUAACCCUUUCCAGAUUAUGUAUUAGAAGGUAAAUGCACUGGUAUUUCCUGCACUAAAGCAGGAGGCGAUUUAGGCGGGAGUCAGCUGACUAAGCAGUGUUCUCGGUUUGUUCAAAAGUGUGGAUUUCUUUUGGAAUCAUAGCGACUGAAAAUAAUAAACUUGUCAUUAUGUUUUUGUGUACGACAGCCACAAAACUGGUACAUCAUCUCUGUGAAAGCUCAGGUGUAGCUCCCUUUCAACUGGUGGCACGAAAGGAAUAGACAGGUAUUUUAUAGUAAAGUAAGCAGAGAUAGUUAAUAUGUUACAAUGUUAAGAUAUAUCCAGACCACUAGAGAAAGCUACCACUCUAUAGCUUAUUGUAUAAACUCAAUCUGGAGAAUGGUAGAGAUACCUGUAUGUGAAUGUGAGAGCGUACAAGAGUCGGUCAGCACAGGCAGUAGGUAAAGGACAAACACUUGCAGGUUUGGGUCGGGUUGCAAGUCCUAUUAUAGCGGAUUGGAUCAGGUUGCAGGUAAGAAAACGGUGUUGCAGCGGGUUACCGGUUCAGGUCGGAAGCAUGUCCAAAAAGUCCCACAGGACUCUUGUACUUUAUGCUAAAGUAUGACCAAAGUUCAACCACAAGCUGUUCUUCUGAUAAUGAAACUCAGUAUUUGAGCAACAUUUUGAAUCCUUGCAAAUACAGUACUAUAAAACAUUAGGGGACAACAAAAAGUGUUGGUGUACGAACAUCUAGUACACUUCUUACACGGAAGUACUACGCCUUAGGACUGUUUGUUAAAACAUUGUAUUUUAAACACUUUAGAUACAUGCAAAAACAACAAAAAAAACACAUACAAAAUAGGCUUCUUCAUUUCAUUAUUUGGUCUCCAAGCCAUACUGAUCAAUGUUACAAGAAACAACAUGUGUUGUGCUUUCUCCUGGUUGUUUUAUAAACCUUCAUGGAAGAUACAUUUCUUAACUUCAUUUUGAAACAUUAUUUAAACUACUGCAUAAUAUAAUUAAGUAAAAACAAGUCCACGAUAAAGCUAUGUUUUCACUAAGUGACCUUAAACGAGCGCAAAGUGUGUUUAUAAGUGAUACCAAUACAGUUUCACUUGUCACAAAAAUCAAUAAUAUUACCAAAUGUAUGUGUCUAUAUUAGAUUAGAAAUUUAAAUUUUGGAAUUGUUUGUUUUGAAAGUUUGUGCAUGAUUCAUGUCGUUUUAGAAUAUGAAAUAAAUAUUUGUUCCCAAAUAAAAUGGUGUUAGUUAAUAUUUGUGUUUGUACAUGUUGAGUGUAACUAUUACAAGAGUCGUACAUUAAUUACAAGUAAUAUACAGUGGUAUGGCAAGAGUUAACUUUCCAAUGUUUGAAUAAGGUCAGGUCUGUGGGGUAAGUCUGACUGUAACUGUAUUCUGUUGAACCAUUCAUAUUAAAAGUGUAAAUAAAGUGAGCUUUGUACUUGCACUUACCUUUUUAUUUUAAAGUUGAA